GACCCGGGGCUUGCGGCAGAUGCGAGCACAGGCUCAGGCCUGUUGCACGACCAGCCUGCCAGAAUGGACCCGCACGAUGCGCAGGUUUGGGCUGACUUCCGCCUCACGUUCAAGCAGUACAUGCUGCGAGUUGCGGAGGAGGCCUUGCAGCAGGGACUGCCUCAGGUGGACCUCCGCCGCAUGAGGUUCUCUGCCAAUGCGCUGGGGGGCUUGGUCAGUGGCCAGGUCUGCGUAAACUUCUUGAACAACUGCUGCCGGCGUGGGCUGCGUUGCAUUGAUCGUCACCCUCCUCGAAGUCAGUGGGAAAGGUGUCGAACAGAGCUGAAGCGGAAAAACUGCCCAAUGGGGGAACAGUGCUUCCUGCCGUCGUGCCUGUACUUCCACCCGAAGGGAUAG